CGCGAGUGUGAAGUGUUGCCUGCGUGUAUGAAAGGUGGAAUCGUGUUCGACCAAGCAGGAUGCCGGCAUCGUCCGACUAUCGGCAGGGUAGAAAAACACAGCGAAAGCUAGGAUGGGGCUUACGGAAGAUCUGCUUAGGAUUGAUAAAUAUCACCGUACCAAGGCGUACCGCACGCAGCUGGAUCGAGGCAAAUUUUCAAAAACGGGAAUGCAUCAAAUUUGUACCGAGCCCUAGAACUGAGGAAAUAUGCUGCUGUGGCCAGGAACGGCGCACUCACCAGUUUGCGGCGGGGUACGAAACGGGCGUUCCGGGCGACACUUGGCAGGCAUCGAAAAAUACCCGAGCCCAGCCAACCGAUGCGUACGGUACAAUCGAGUUCCAGGGUGGUGCUCACCCGACGAAAGCGCAGUACGUGCGCUUAUCGUACGACACACGGCCGGAGCUGCUGGUGCAGCUGUUUACACGCGAAUGGAAUCUCGAGCUGCCAAAGCUGCUCAUCACGGUGCAAGGCGGAAAGGCAAACUUCGAGCUGCAGCCAAAGUUGAAAAAGGUGCUUCGGAAAGGUCUGUUGAAGGCGGCCAAAACUACCGGAGCAUGGAUAUUUACCGGUGGCACCAACACGGGUGUAACGAAACAGGUCGGCGAUGCGCUACUGCUCGAGGGUCAGCAACGGUCCGGGCGAGUGGUAAGCAUCGGCAUCGCACCCUGGGGCAUCGUGGAGCGUAACCACGAACUGCUCGGACACAACCGAGACGUACCGUGCCACAGCAUCAGCUCGCCUAGAUCGAAGUUGGCCGUACUGAACAACCGACACGCUUACUUCCUGCUCGUCGACAACGGUACCCAGGGACGGUACGGAGCGGAGCUAAUCCUGCGGAGAAAGCUGGAGAAAUACAUAUCGAACCAGAAGCUGCAACCCUUUACCCACUCGAGCACCCCCGUAGUAUGCUUGGUAAUUGAAGGUGGUACAAACACAAUCAGAGCUGUGCUAGAAUACGUCACCGAUAACCCACCGGUUCCGGUAGUAGUGUGUGAUGGGUCAGGCCGGGCAGCAGACUUAAUAGCGUUUGUACAUAAGUAUGCGACGGAUAAUGGAGAACAGACGGUGCUGGAAUCGAUGCACGACUACGUGCUGGGUAUCAUACAGAAAACGUUCGAGGUCAGCUCGGAGCAGGCGGAGCAGCUGUUUCAGGAGUUGUUGCAAUGCACUAAAAAUAAAAAUCUCAUUACGGUGUUCCGCAUCCAGGACCGACCGGAGGGCAAUACUCAGGAAUUGGACCAAACGAUUUUAACUGCACUUUUUAAAUCACAGCACCUUAGUCCACCGGAGCAGCUCAGUCUGGCACUCACCUGGAAUCGGGUCGACAUCGCACGAUCGGAGAUAUUUGUGUACGGUCAGGAGUGGCCCCACGGGGCACUGGACGAAGCGAUGAUGCAGGCACUGGAGCACGACCGUAUCGAUUUUGUCAAGCUGCUGCUGGAGAAUGGCGUGUCGAUGCGCAAGUUUCUCACCAUACCACGGCUGGAAGAGCUGUACAACACCAAGCACGGGCCGGCCAACACGCUCGGAUACAUCCUGCGUGAUGUUCGGCCACACAUACCAAAGGGAUACGUCUACACACUGCACGACAUCGGGCUCGUCAUCAAUAAGCUGAUGGGUGGUGCAUACCGAUCGUACUACACGCGGCGCAAAUUUCGUCCGAUCUACGCGAAGGUAAUGAACAGCUACGUCAAUACGCACCGGAAACCGUCGACCUUUCAGCGAUCGGCCGGCAUCAACUCGAUGAGUCUCGUCACCGGGCUGCUGCCGGUGACGUCCGAUAUGGCACUGUUCGAGCUACCGUUCAACGAGCUGCUAAUCUGGGCGGUACUGACCAAGCGACAGCAGAUGGCACUGCUCAUGUGGACGCAUGGGGAGGAAGCGCUUGCAAAGUCGCUCGUCGCCUGCAAGCUGUACAAGGCGAUGGCACACGAGGCGGCGGACGAUGAUCUCGACACGGAGAUCUACGAAGAGCUGCGCAGCUAUGCAAAGGAAUUCGAGAGUAAAGGACUGAAGCUGCUGGACUUCUGCUACCGACAGGAUGCGGAACGGGCCCAGCGGCUGUUAACGUGCGAGCUGCAGUCCUGGUCCAGCCAGAGCUGUCUGUCGCUGGCCGUCGCAGCGAAUCACCGUGCGAUCCUGGCACAUCCCUGCAGCCAAAUAAUACUGGCGGACCUGUGGAUGGGUGGGUUGCGCACGAGAAAAAACACCAAUCUUAAGGUUAUCUGUGGACUGUUAUGUCCAUUCUUUAUAAGGAAGCUAGACUUUAAAUCGAAGGAAGAGCUGCAGCAGAUGCCUCAAACCGAAGAGGAGCAUCUGGAAAAUCAAUACCUCGAUUUCGAGGAUCGCGAUAAGAAGGACACGGAUGCAGAGGCGCUUCUGUCCGAUACGUACUCAAUGAAAGAUACCAAAGUGCAGGAAAAUGGAAAAGUUUCCCUAACGGACUCGGAAAACACCCAGUACAAGGACUACCUGUUCGACAGUGACGGACGCCAGCAGCGGCCCCUGAAGCUGAAGAAAAAAUUCUACGAGUUCUACACUGCACCCAUCACCAAAUUUUGGGCCGAUUCGAUGGCUUAUGUGUUUUUUCUCGUGCUGUUCACGUACACCGUGCUGGUGCGAAUGGAGGAAACACCGAGCUGGCAGGAGUGUUACGCCAUUUCCUAUAUCGCCACGCUGGGCUGUGAGAAGAUACGGGAGAUCGUAUCAUCCGAACCGGUGGCAAUAUCGCACAAGUUUUCCGUGUGGGCUUGGAACAUGUGGAACCCGUGCGAUGCAGCCGCAAUCAUAUUUUUCUUUAUAGGCUUUGGAUUGCGGAUACGACCGUACACGAUGGACAUCGGUCGGGUGAUAUAUUGCGUGGAUAGCAUCUACUGGUAUUUGCGGAUAUUAAACAUUCUAGGUGUAAACAAAUAUUUGGGACCACUGGUGACGAUGAUGGGCAAGAUGGUGAAAAACAUGAUUUACUUCGUGGUGCUGUUGCUGGUGGUGUUGAUGAGCUUCGGUGUAAGCCGACAGGCGAUCCUAUUUCCGAACAACGAUGCCAGCUGGCGAUUGGUACGGGACGUGUACUAUCAACCAUACUUCAUGCUGUACGGAGAAGUGUUUGCCGACGAUAUUGAUCCGCCGUGCGGUGAGGACCCAUCACAGCCACCAUGCGUGACGGGCCACUGGGUGACACCAAUCGCGAUGUCGAUGUAUCUGUUGAUAGCGAACAUUUUGCUAAUCAAUCUGCUGAUUGCCGUGUUCAACAACAUCUUCAUCGAGGUGAACGCCGUCUCGCACCAGGUGUGGAUGUUCCAACGGUUCACCGUGGUGAUGGAGUACCAGCAGAAACCGGUCCUGCCACCACCAUUGAUAGCGCUGUGCCAUUUCUAUUCGCUGCUCCGGUACGCGAUACGAAAAGCCAAAGGGUUGCAGGAAUCGCGCGAUAAUGGGUUGAAGCUGUUUCUCGAAAAGGAAGACAUGGAGCGGCUGUACGACUUCGAGGAGGAGUGCGUCGAGGGUUACUUUCGCGAGCAGGAAAUACUGCUGCAGCAGUCGACGGAGGAACGUAUAAAAAAUACGGACGAAAGGGUGGACCAUAUGGCGCAGAAGAUAGAGGACAUCAACCAGAAGGAGAACAUCCAAAGUGCGGCCGUGCAGAACAUUGAGUUCCGUUUGCGGAAAGUGGAAGAGUCGGCCGAACAGAUUCUAAACCACCUGGAUGUGAUACAUCGGUUCAUGUCCGCACACACGCUCAUGAACGAUACGCAGGGUUCGACGGGCAAUGUGAGCGGGAAUGCACCGCCCGGCGGUAUGGCGGCAGGGAUGAUUAUGGAUCAUCGGACACGCACAAUCUCGGAGAGCGAUAGCUACAUUUUGCCACCGCCCACGACGCAACGGAAAAAGUUUAACCGAUCGCUGACGGAGGUGCGACCGGAUGCAUACAUCUUUGAUGAUGGAAAGCAUCUCGAGGUGCGUACGGUUCUGGAGGAAAGUGAAGCAGAGCGAUCCCCUGACCAGGUCUCUCAACAACACGAACGGGAUCGCAAAUUUUCCAUCCGCUCGGAAGACUCGGAAAUGUUCCCGGUGGGUAGCGUCCCCAAGGCACUCUCGCCGGUAGACAUGCCAACGAUCAAACCUUCGCCACCGCCUCCAUUUUUGAAUAUUCGACAGGACACUGCUAGCACCGAAAGCAAGGACACACUAACCCCGCUGGAAGGAGCGGACGAUAGAACGCUGGUCGGAGAUGAAACGCUGGACGAUAUGGUCGAGCCGAACUAUGAAGGCUUACGGCACAGGGCCGGAAGACGCCGGAACUCGUCCAUGUGUGGACCUGGCACUAGUGCUCCAACGAAUGGAGCUGCUGGUGUCCAAUCGACCGGUACAGCAGCAGCAGCGGGUGGUGGUAGCGGUGGAAUAGGUGGACGGAGGAAUUCCGAAAGUGCGUCCGGAGGUGGAUUUGACAUCAAUAAAUCUCAGACCAGUCUCUAUCAGAUAGGCUUCUCCAAGCGACAGCACAGUAUCACGCAAUCGGAACCGGACAGUGGCAACGAUCAACCUGUUCAACGGACUGUUCCGAAGGGACGACAUCUUCUGUUGCAGAUUCACACAGAAUACACCUCCAUUACGGAUGAACUGGAGAGCGUGUGUCACAUGAUAGCAUCGCCCACGAGUUCGCUGAGGGAAGAUCGUACUAAGAAUGUAAACGAACUAACGAAUCCCGAAUUCGCCGCCCUGAUCGAGAAGCAGCAUCUGAAAGAGUGUGAGGACGUUGAUUACAUGAUGAUGGAAAAAUUGUUUCAAACACGCUGUUCGCUUGACGACAGUGACGAGUACUUCGACGAUACCGAGCCGGAAGAGCACGGACCGCGGAAAAUGUUACGGCGCGAGACGGCAAUCGAAUUGCCGGUAACGCCGUCCAAAUCGAACAUCGUCUCGCUGGCUGAUAGCAGUCUGGGUCACGAGGAUUUCGCCCUGAAAAACGAACGGCAACCCGCAUCGAACCGGAACUCGUUGCGUGAUUCGAAGAACUCGCCGCUCUCGCUAUCCAGCCAGAACUCACCGCGGAACUCGCAGUACAUGCAAUCCUCGUUCCUUAAUCCCACCGUGUGCGAUGGUGCCAGUCGUCUGUACAAGAAGUCGUGUGAGAGCUUGCAGAAAAAUUCCAGCACCGAUACGGAGUACUCGCUGCAGCCGUACCGAUUCAUCAAGCAAAGCUCGAAUGAAACGAACAGCUCGUUCAACAUUGACAACUCGUCGAUCACAAACGAUCUGUCGAUCGAUGGCGAAACGAGCCUCAACUCCACCGUCAUCGAAAUGGUUUCAGCCCCGUCGAUAGCAGCGGCAGCCGCGGUGGCCGCGGCCUCCGCCGCCGCAGCAUCGGACGGUGAACGUGGUGGUUUCCAGACCAAACGCACCUCAUCACUAGGUAGCAGCUCAACCGCAGCGGAAAUGCGCCCGGGUUUGUUGAAAGGUAGCAAAGAUAAGGCAAACAAGGACGGUGGUGGUGGGUCCAUCCCGGAGGGCUUGGAACGUUCCGUCCCGGGUAGUUCGGUCCCGUCCGGUUCGGUGAUGGUUCCGAACAAACCACCACGGUCGACCCGCUUCACCGACAGCUUGAGCGUUCUGGGACCAAAGAGUGUACUGAGCCGGCUGAAGGAAAGUAGCUCCACCAGCACGGAAGAGGUUCCGCAACGGGACACGAGUGCACCGAUACCGUGCAUCAGCACGAACCUGGUACAGGACGAAAUUGCGAAGCUAUCGUCGAACAUUAAGAGCAGCACGGAUGAGGAUACCGAGCCGCCGUUAAAUGAAACUAUGUGCUGAUUUUAGUUGUACCCUCCGACAGAGGUAAAUGUUAGCUUAGACGAGGCCAGUGUGUGACCCGAGAAGGAAUGGAAUAAUAUGUUCCGAGUGCGCUUGAUACUGCUGGUGUGAUUGUUAGAAGGAAGGUACUUAUACAAGUACGCAUGUACUUAAUCAUUCAAGAGCGUCUAUAUAUCGUACGUACGUAAAGUUGAAGUUUUUGUUUUCCAUGAUGAAGCUCAACUGAUCGGUCUGUUAAAUUGAUUGAGCUUGCAAGAGCUUAUUGAAGGUCCCCGUAUUUCAUCAUAGCGUUUCAUUAAAAAAAACACAAGCCCACAUUAGCUGAUGCAGAUGCAUAUCAAACAUUAGAACUUUCCUACCGAUAACAUUUCCUCAAAGCUGUGUCCCAUCGUUCAUGUACAUUUGUCCCAAAACGUUAAACAUUUUUAUGACACGAAAUGUUGAGCCAAGUGCGUGAAUCCAAAGUGCUGUGUUUAAUGAAACGGUCUAAACAGGAGUUGUUUUGUUUGUGUUCUAUAAAAAGCUACGUAACAAAAUGGAGUGCAAUCUAAGUAUAGUGUAGGAACCAUUUAAAAUUCCUCCCUCCCAUGAAGUUCGCAUACGAUCAAAACAGCACAGAGACAUUGGUGAGAAUACAAUAAGACAACGUUGCGCAUCGAAAAGCGUUUUGAAAGCUGUGUGAAUUCGAUACGAAAUGUUGCACUGUUGAAGCGAACUAUCUGCAACAUGGUGCAUGCUCCCGAGCGGAGGGCGUGAAACACGCCCACACGGAACUGCCACAAAUCAUAGUGCUUAAUAGGAACGGUUGUACAUUAUUUUCAUUAGAUUUUUACAAACUUAUUGGUGCUUAUUGCAAUGCUCUGUUGCAAAUGCUGACAGAGGAACAAAUUGUACAUUUGUGAAGAUGUUUUAUUUUUACCGACCAGCGUUACAAUCAUUUUUACACGCAGUUAGAUAGUUUCCGUUUGAACGGCCAGGCCGUUUUGAUUUAUUAUCACGGAGAAGCAGUUGAAUGCUUUUAAUUAGUUUGAGCCAUAUUUUAUACUUCUUGCACAUAUUUUGUUUAAAGCUUGAAUUAUUUACAGUAGUAUGUUUUACUACAUAAUUCACUUUUCUGUAUAUAAUAUAUUGAGGUUUAAUUGAGGUGGACAAAUACACACAAAUCGUACAGCUUAUGAAGCACCACAGUUUGCGAUGCUGGAAAUGAUAAAAUGGAGAUCACGGCUGAAUAAAAGUAUGAGCUUCAAAAUUAAACCCAUGGAUCCUUAUUCGAUGAAGCGUGAUUAAGGUUGCUAUCAACGAUCCUUCACAUGUGUUGUACUACAAUAUGACAAUAUUAUUGAAUUGAAUUAGUAUGGCAUACAGAGGGAGAGAGGUACGAUGCGAACAAGCAUGACCAUGGACAUGACCGAAUCAGUAUCGCAGCAACCAACGGACAGUGUGGCUUGUGCGUUGCAACAAUAAAGCCGUAAAAUAGUGUAUGCGUUAAUGAGGUCAGAGGUUGAAAGUGAAAAGAUCGUUUAGGGUUUGUUAAUAAUGCAUAGCGAGGGUGAAUCAAAAGUGACUAUUAUAGAUCGACACAGCGGAAGCAGUGUACAAUGUAAACACAGUAAGUUGUUAACACAAUAAAUGGGUUGUACUGGAUAGGAGUGAAAACAUUUACAAUGGAUGCGCUUUCCAUGUAAGGAAAGAAUGUGCACCGCUGUUGUAAGAAAAUUAUUAUUUUUUUAUUGCAGACAAUGGUAUUGUUGCGUUGUUUCAGCCUUCAGAUUCCCCCAAAGGCUGUUGAGUGGUUGCGGUAGGAGUAUUCCUGCAAGAUGUAUUCCUUAAGUUAUAGUAAUUAAAGCAAAUGUUUCAGAUCGAAGAAUGACUCUUUGAAAGAAGAAAGCACAGGUACAGCUAUGUUUUCGGAAAUAAACUGAAAGUUAAAUGGAAAUAAUGUGAA